UUCUCCCACCCCACCCCGUAUAAAUUCCCAACCCCUCCUCUCUCCUUCAAACCAACUCCAAACCAUUUCUUCUCUCAAAGUACAUACAUGUCCAUAGGAUCCUGUAUCGACAUCUUUCACUAAUCACUGCUACUUUUUUAGCUGGAAAACCCAUCUGAAAAUUUUCAAAAAUCCUACCUUUCGGUUACAAUAGCACUAUAUACUGUAAAUCAUGGGUUUGAAAAGUUUCGUCGAGGGUGGCAUUGCUAGCAUCGUUGCCGGCUGUUCUACGCACCCAUUGGACCUUAUCAAGGUCCGAAUGCAACUUCAGGGCGAACAGCCUGCCCAACAGGUUUUGACUCUUCGUCCAGCUUUGGCCUUCCAUCCUUCUCAUGCAAUCUCUGUUCAUAACAAUCUCGACGUUCAUCCUACGGCGCUCCCGCAAGUCGCUAAAUCAGGGCCCAUUUCUGUGGGGAUCAAGAUUAUGCAGGCCGAAGGCGUAGCCGCCUUGUUUUCCGGCGUCUCCGCCACUGUCCUCCGCCAGACCUUGUAUUCCACCACCAGGAUGGGCUUGUACGAGGUUUUCAAGCAAAAAUGGUCCGACCCCAGCUCCGGGAAAUUCCCGCUCAGCCGGAAAAUCGCAGCCGGAUUGCUCGCCGGGGGCAUUGGAGCCGCCGUGGGAAACCCGGCUGACGUGGCAAUGGUCCGUAUGCAAGCCGACGGAAGGCUCCCUGUGUCUCAGCGGCGUAAUUACAAGGGGGUCGUGGAUGCAAUUACUAAAAUGUCCCGGGAGGAGGGGAUCGCCAGCCUGUGGCGCGGCUCAUCUCUCACAGUGAACCGAGCCAUGAUUGUCACUGCAUCACAGCUUGCAUCCUAUGAUCAAAUCAAGGAAGCCAUACUGGAUCAUGGAGUAAUGAAUGAUGGGCUUGGGACCCAUGUCACGGCGAGCUUUGCCGCCGGGUUCGUGGCUUCGGUGGCGUCGAACCCGGUGGAUGUGAUCAAGACCAGGGUGAUGAAUAUGAAAGUUCAGCCAGGGAUGGCACCGCCAUAUUCGGGUGCAGUAGAUUGUGCCCUCAAGACAAUUAGGUCCGAGGGGCCAAUGGCUCUUUACAAGGGCUUUAUUCCCACAAUUUCCAGGCAGGGCCCUUUUACUGUGGUUUUGUUUGUCACGCUAGAGCAAGUUAGGAAAAUUCUCAAGGAUUUCUAAAUCUUUGAGGCCAAUUUGUAUGAUUGACCAUUAAGUAACGGUAACAAAAUGAGACAUUCUUUUGAUUGUUUAAUGAGAACUGCAUUCUUAAA